AUGAACAUGUCCACCGAGUACGCACCGACCGACGGUAUGAAUCGAUCUUACCACACACGAUCAUCCUACCACGGCCGGUACUAUGCCGGUCCGGGUAGUCCGGGUCAUAUACCCUCGUUUAACAGCGCGAUGGAGGGACAUCAUUCUCGACGCCACCACGAACCACCGCCUGCUAUGUUGGGUGGGUACGGUGAUACGGGUAGGUCGCACGGAAGUGAAAAGGCAUUCUAUGCGCCGCCACCACUCGGUUCCGAUUCUUAUGCAUCGUCGGUUCCGGACGAAAGACACCCAGCGUACCAGGCGAAUUAUUACGGUGCGGCAGGCUAUUCCCACCAGGGUAUGCUGCGAAUGCCGCCCGAGCAUGGUGCUUAUGGUGGAUGCUACGGAACUCCGCCCAUACAGUGGUAUCAUCAGCAACAUACGUCGUACCAUCAACACCACGGCCCCCAUCAUUCGCACCAGCAGCAUCAGCAACAUUCGGCAACGCCGAGAGGCUAUCCGAUGCCACCGGAACAUAUGUACAAUAUGUUUAACUUUAACAGAAAUGGACGCGAAGCGCGAAACCGAGCGGAGAAGAACCGGCGUGACAAGCUUAAUGGAUCGAUACAGGAACUGUCGGCCAUGGUACCCCAUGUGGCGGAAUCUCCCCGGCGAGUGGACAAAACGGCCGUGCUGCGAUUUUCGGCUCACGGUUUGCGGGUAGACUACGUGUUCGGCAAAUCCAAACCGGAUGAAACGGUCAAGCCGGAAGCACAGGACUCGCUGUUUCGUAUGCUGAACGGGUUUUUGCUCACGGUGACAUGCCGAGGACAGAUCGUGCUGGUUUCGCCGUCCGUAGAACAAUUUUUGGGACAUUGUCAGACUGAUCUUUACGGACAAAAUCUAUUUAACUUAACCCACCCGGAUGACCAUGCGCUGCUCAAACAACAGCUGAUACCGUCGAACUUGGUCAACAUGUUUGACAACGGACCUGGAACAAGCAGCAGUGGCAGCAGCAGUUGUGGCGGCACACCGGCCCUUCUCAGUCCAACCGACGGGACCACCUCCAACAGCACUGAUAGUGGUGAGUUCCAGCGAUCCCACGACGAUGAGGAAGAAAUUGACAGAAAGCUCCGACUGGAUCAUCGCCGAUUCUCCAUCAGGAUGGCCCGUGCCGGUCCACGAUCUGAGGCAACGACUUACGAGCUUGUGACGAUCGAUGGAAGCUUUCGACGGGCGGAUUCAGCACCCCGGGGCACCGCGAAACCAGGUGGUACGUCCGGUAUGCAAAUGAUACGGCGAGCCCGUGGCCGCGACGAUGCUAUACCGUUGCAUAGCAUCAACGGGAACGAUAUCGUUCUAAUUGGUUUAGCGCGAGUGAUGAAGGUGCCAUCUAUCUGUGAUCGAUUGAUUGAGGCUUGUAAAUAUGAGUACAAAACACGCCACCUGAUCGACGGGCGAAUAGUGCAAUGCGAUCAGCGAAUAUCGAUAGUAGCCGGUUAUCUGACCGACGAAGUGUCCGGCCUGUCCCCGUUCACCUUUAUGCAUCGAGAUGACGUCCGAUGGGUGAUAGUAGCGUUACGGCAAAUGUAUGACUAUAAUCAAAAUGGUGAAUCUUGCUACCGGUUGAUGUCGCGUACCGGGGACUUUAUCUAUCUAAAAACGCGCGGUUACCUGGAGGUGGAUAGCGAUACCAAAGUGGUGCAGUCGUUCGUCUGCAUCAACACGCUCGUUUCGGAGGAAGAAGGUCAACGUUUGGUGCGCGAAAUGAAGCGCAAGUUUUCCGUCAUCGUGGACAAGGUGGAACUGCCGGAUGAGAGCGGUGAACCGGUUGUAGAAAAUCCGAAACAAAUCGAGGAAGCCGUCCUGAACCUUAUCACCAACCUGCAGCCGGACAGUGAGGACAAGUUGCUAAACACGAUGCCAGCCUCACCGGCAAGCAGCAUAAAGUCGGGUUUCGGUGAGGGUGCUCCGUUGGCGAUAGUUGCGCCGGAGAAAAACUCCGUCAAGUCAGCGAUCGUGAAGAGCAUAAAUGUGGUGUCUAUUGCCGCUAAAACGAUGCGCGAAACCCGAUGUUCGUCGGUGUCGGGCGAAUGGUCGCCGAUGAAUGGUGAUCAGCAGAACAGCAAUGGAAGCAGCAGUACCAGCACCACCGGUAUAGCAAGUCCAGGUGUUCCCACGACGGAAAGAGCGGGUUCAUCGGUUGAUCCUAUCUCGUCACCGCCUCCACCGUCACUGUCACCCACUGUGAGUGUAACUUCUGCACACACUCAAAGGCCUACGGUUUUGCAAAAAAUCCAGCUUCCUGAGGAAGCGCCAGGUGGAGCAAACGUGGAGCAACGCGUUCCACCUCUGCCUAGUUCCGAACAUUACUUCACGCAACCGUUUUCACCAUCGAGUGGAGGAAGCGUACCGGUGUCGCUUCUGUCGCCGGCCUCGUCACAUUACAGCCAGCGAAGUUCACGAAGUCCAUACGGUUGUGGUAGUGGAAUCUCUUCCCCUCCUGCGCCGGUGCAUUCUGGCAGUGGCGGAAGCUUGCUGAAUCGAACAACGACCGUGCUGAAGCGAACGUACAGCAACAGUAGCAUCAGCAGUCUUAAUUCUAUAGAUACCUUCGGAGAUAGCGACGUUGGUACAGGCGACAGCAAGAGAACGAGAAUGAAUUUGACGAAUGCCGAUUUGGUUCACUGCUUUAGCGAUCUAAUCAAUCCUGGAACAGAUCUUACUUCUUUGCUACCGAACUCUUUCGAUGCGCUCGAUCAAUCGUUACUAACCAUGGAAACAACAACAACCAUAAUCCGCGAUCGAGUGAGCAGUUACUCAAAUCUACACGAAUCACAAGAUCGUUUGGAAAAGAUAGUGGAAGAACAUCAAGAGCAGCGGGAAAUGCUACAGUCAAUUCAGGAAGAGUACCAGCUGCAAAUGCAGUCCAACGGGACAGGUGAUGCAAUAGGGGCAGAAGCUGUACAUAGUGAGGCCAGGGGUGGUGGAUUAACAACGAACACAACAGCCGCCUCACAUUUAUUUGGUAGUACCGAUGCAAAUGCAAUGCUGUGCAAUUCUCUUGGCGCGGGACCACUCUCACGCAGGAGGGUCAGUACCAUUGCCACCACUACGACAACGACGUCAAUGAUGCCUUCCGUUAUAACAUCUACCGUUGUUCAGCGGACGACAAACGGUGGCAAUGGACGAUCCGAAAAGGAUUCGGGAAGUUAA